CCUCAUAAUUGAUUGAAUGGCCAUUGUUGUUUUCACCUCCCUCCCCAACUUUUCUUUAUAUGCUCAUGUUUUUCUUCUCUUCAAUUCCAUGUAAAGCUUCUGUCUUUGUCUCCCUCUUUCUCUCUCUCUCUCUCUCUGCCCACCAUUCUGUGCGAUUCUUGUGUGUAUUUCUUUCCUCUAAUGAGGGAAAAAGUUCUCUAUAUGCUUUCCCUAGUGAGCAUCCUUGUUUCGCCAAUCCAAGCUAGCUAGCUGCAGUACUAUUUUCAAAGAUCGCAUAUAUAUGUGUAUGCAUAGAGCUCCAAUUCUCAGUCUUCUUUUUCAGCUCCUUGACCAAACAUUUCUCACCUCCGUAUAAACUCCAACAUGUCAGCUGCCAUCGCCGCCGCUGCUGCUGCUGCCGUGGUCUGCAAUUCUACAGGCUCAUCAAGAAAUGGGAACCAUCAUGAACUUCUGCAACAGGUAACCUUACCAUCACCACCGCCGCCACUGUCACUGCCACUGCCAUCGCUUCCAUUAAGUCGUUAUGAAUCCCAAAAAAGACGAGACUGGAAUACUUUUGGGCAGUACCUAAGAAACCACCGCCCACCUUUAGCACUAUCCCGGUGCAGCGGGGCUCAUGUGCUUGAGUUCUUGAGGUAUCUUGACCAGUUUGGCAAGACAAAAGUGCACAAUCAGGCUUGCCCAUUUUUUGGUCACCCUCACCCACCAGCUCCCUGCCCUUGUCCACUUAAGCAGGCCUGGGGAAGCCUCGACGCGCUGAUCGGACGCCUCCGAGCAGCCUUCGAGGAGAACGGCGGGCUGCCGGAGACCAACCCAUUUGGAGCACGCGCCGUGAGACUAUACCUGAGGGAAGUAAGAGAUGCACAAGCUAAGGCAAGAGGGAUAGCCUACGAGAAGAAGAAAAGAAAGAAACCACAACAACAGCAGCAACAGUUGCAAUCUUCAAAUACUUACCCUAAUCAAAUUCAACAAGGUGAUGGUAGCGGCGGCGGUGUUAGUGGUGGAUUUGCUGAAAGAAACAUGGUAAGUAGGGGUCUGGUUAAAUUGGGGAAUCUGUUUGUAUUGAACUAAGGGGAUGUUGAUGAUGAUGGGUUUGGUGGUGUAGAGGGUUAGCAAUGCCAGGGUUUAUUUUGUAGUGUGUGAUCGUGCGUCUCCUUCCUAUGCUUGUGUGAGUAAUUAAAGAGAAGUCAUUUCCUUUGUU